AUGUCCUCUCCUUCGUCUUCAAGCUCGGUCAAGCGAAAGCGGACAAACGCGUCAGAACACCUCAAGUCCAGUGCAAACGAACUCCAGCAGCCAUCAUCUCGUGAUGCUUCUGGCGAAGAUCUCGCGGAUUCCUCCUCUCAUAACAACCGAACGCGCAAGCACACCUCGAGCAACUCUGUUGACAGUACCGUGCCACCUAGUAAGCGGGCACGCACUCGACCCAGUGCAGAUUCCACAAGCCCCAACGGCGCAGGACACGACUAUGAGGACCCCGCUUAUGCCAGUGACGGUGACAGAGAGUCAGAUGACAGAGAGACGCAAAGGCAGAUGGCUGUUCCUAGCUCGGUGAAGAAGGCCAUGGUUGCUGGUGAUGAUACCAUGCACGAGCCGCCGAAGGCUGGCUUGAGAGAUCCUGUGGGAUACAAGACAAACCCACCACCAGUGGGAAGACCCGUGAGGGUGUACGCCGACGGAGUGUUUGAUUUGUUCCAUCUUGGACACAUGCGCCAACUCGAACAAGCCAAAACGGCAUUCCCAGACACUUACCUCAUUGUCGGAGUCACAGGUGACGCAGAAACACACAAGCGGAAGGGCUUAACUGUACUCACUGGGGCGGAAAGAGCAGAGACCAUCCGGCAUUGCAGAUGGGUGGACGAGGUUAUUCCUAACUGUCCAUGGAUCGUCACGCCGGAGUUUCUCGAAAAACACAAGAUUGACUACGUUGCUCACGACGAUGAGCCAUAUGGAGCGGAUGAAGGAGAUGACAUCUACGCUCCUAUCAAGAAAGAAGGCAAAUUCCUCGUGACACAAAGGACGGAAGGAGUCUCCACGACGGGAAUCAUAACCAAGAUUGUUCGGGACUACGAGAAGUAUAUCGCCCGUCAGUUGAAGAGAGGAACUAGUCGUCAAGAGCUGAACGUCAGCUGGCUCAAGAAAAACGAGUUGGACAUCAAAAGACAUGUGCAGGAACUGAGAGACAGCAUCAAGACGAACUGGAGCACUGCUGGAGGGGAGAUCGGACGAGACCUCCGACAGUUCUGGCAGAAUGCCAGCUCAAGGCCCGCCAGCCCAGCUCCUUUUAACAGACAGCUCAGCGAUGGCCUGAGAAGUCCAAGCGCUGCUAGUGCCGUCGACCAUUUGAAGCACCUGGAGGUGCCCGGCAGUGCCGACAAGCGCAGCGACUCUCCGGGCGGACUCAGUCGAAGCGAAGACUUUGCAGCCGGCUACAGCUUAGGAUUGAUCGGAGGGGUCAAAUCAUGGAUGAUGCGUGGCAAGCGAGCUCUCCGGGAUAGCCAACCCCCGAGUCCCGAUGGGAGUGAGGACGACGAAGCAAGGAGCCCUUUCAGCAACGAGGGCGAUGUCACUCUCGAGCUUAAAACACCUCCAAUGGGUCGAGGUAGGAAAAACAAAAAUAACAGCGACCCUGAUGAAGCACGGCGAGAGGCUAUGGAUGUUCUGCAUUGA